AUGUCAGACGACGAUGAUUUCAUGCAGGAGUCUGACCCGGAGCAGUACGAUUUUGAGUACGAAGACGACGAGGACGGGUCCACUGGUGACGUCGACAUUGAGAACAAAUACUACAAUGCGAAGCAACUGAAGGGUGACGAUCCAUCCGCCGCUGUCGAUGAAUUUCUCGGCGUACCGACUCUCGAACCUGAGAAGGGCGAUUGGGGCUUUAAGGGCCUCAAGCAAGCAAUCAAGUUGGAGUUCGCACUCGGUCGCUUCGACGAUGCCGUCUCCCACUACAAGGAACUCCUCACUUACGUCAAGUCCGCCGUCACGAGAAAUUACAGCGAAAAGAGUAUUAACAAUAUGUUGGACUACAUCGAGAAGGUGGCCACCGAACAGACCGCGUACAAAUGCAUGGAAGAGUUCUACUCUCUGACCCUCGAGACCUUUCAAAGCACCAACAAUGAGCGGUUGGCCCUCAAGACAAAUGUCAAGCUGGCUAAGCUGUACCUUGACAAGAAGGAUUACAAUCAGCUGACUAGCAAAGUGAGGGAGAUUCACACCGCAUGUCAGAAAGAAGAUGGAACAGAUGACCCAGGAAAGGGCACAUAUUCGCUGGAAGCAUAUGCUCUGGAAAUCCAGAUGUAUGCUGAAAUGAAAAACAACAAACGCCUCAAGUCCCUGUACCAGAAGGCAUUGACCGUGCGCUCAGCGGUUCCUCAUCCUAAGGUUCAAGGCAUUAUCCGUGAGUGCGGAGGAAAGAUGCACAUGAGCGAAGAAAAUUGGAAGGAAGCACAGAGCGACUUUUUCGAGUCCUUCAAGAACUACGAUGAAGCCGGCUCCAUGCAACGGAUUCAAGUGCUCAAGUAUCUGGUUCUAACCACAAUGCUCAUGAAAUCCACCAUUAAUCCAUUCGAUUCACAAGAGACCAAGCCAUACAAGAACGACCCUCGCAUUUCUGCCAUGACUGAUCUCGUGGACGCCUACCAACGAGAUGACAUUCAUCGGUAUGAAUCGAUAUUGAAGGACAACCAGGAUCUACUGGCCGACCCAUUCAUCGCCGAGAAUAUCGACGAAGUCAGCCGCAACAUGCGCACGAAAGCAGUGCUCAAGCUGAUAGCGCCUUACACACGAUUCUCUCUGCAAUUCAUUUCCAAGCACAUCAAAAUCCCCGUGAGCGAAGUACAAGACAUUCUCGGCGUACUGAUAGUCGACAAGAAGCUCAAUGCCAAAAUCAACCAGGAAAACGGCACAGUGAUCGUCGACAGCAUCAGCACGAGCAACGCCACGGACCACCUGCAUCGUCUACGCGAGUGGACCACAGCCGUCGAAUCAUUGUGGUCUUCGGUACUGCACGACGGCGAAGGCUUCAAGCUCGAUGAUACACUACAGGGCGGAGGCGGCGGCGGGGGGAGCUUCGGGUCCAUGAUGAACUUCUCAAUGGGCCUGGAUUCCACCAACAGCAUCCCCAAUCGCGCCUCUGCCCGUCGUCUCGGCGGUGGACAUCGUGGUCGUGGUGGUGGCAAAGGCUUUACUCCGGUUUGA